AUGGCGACAACAAAAGAUUCCAUAAAUGGUGAUGUAGCUUGGGUAUUGGCUGCAACAUGUCUUGUUUGGAUAAUGACACCGGGUGUAGGUCUCCUUUAUAGUGGUAUGGCUCAAAGAAAGAAUGCAUCAUCCUUAAUUAUGAUAUGUUUUUUGUCUAUUCCCAUUGUAUCUGUACAGUGGUAUAUAUGGGGUUAUAGUCUAACUUUUAACAGAAAUGGUGGUCUUUUUAUCGGUAAUUUGCAAAAUGCCUUUUUCAUGAAUCUUUCAUGGGAUUCCGGGCCAACCAAUACAAGCAAAAAUGUUCCAGAAUUUGUAUUUGCAAUUUUUGAGUGUAUGUUUGCAGCUAUCACCCCUGCAUUAAUUAUGGGUGGUGUUGCUGAACGUAUAAGACUAUUACCUACAAUUAUAUUCAUCUUUAUUUGGUCCACACUUGUUUAUGACGUUAUCGCCUCAUGGUGCUGGUCAGCAAACGGUUGGUUUUCAAAAUUGGGUGGUCUUGAUUAUGCUGGUGGUAUCCCAGUACAUAUAUCAUCUGGCAUGGCUGCUCUCGCCUUUUGUAUUUUUGUUGGAAAGCGUACAGAUAAUAUCCGGCAGCCCCAUAACACUAUUAAUGUAUUUCUUGGCACCAUAAUGCUAUGGUUCGGUUGGUUUGGCUUUAACGGUGGUUCUGCCAUAGCUGCUAAUAAACGCGCUAUUAUGGCUUGUGUUGUGACAAAUCUUGCUGCUUCAUUUAGUGGACUUACUUGGAUGUUAAUGGAUUAUUUUCGUACAGGAAAUUUAUAUGCCACUAGCUUUUGUAGUGGAGCUGUUGCGGGAUUAGUCGCAAUAACUCCUGGAUCUGGUUAUGUUACUCCUUACGCUGCUUUUGUUUUUGGUGUAGCUAGUGGUUUUUUUUGUAAUCUUGCUACUCUAAUGAGGAUAAGAUUUGACAAAUAUGAUGACGCAAUGGAUGUCUUUGCUAUUCACGGUAUAGGAGGAUUUAUUGGAAGCAUUCUUACUGGAAUUUUUGCCAAUCAAUAUAUCGUUUCUCUUGAUGGUGAAUCUAUAAAUGGUGGUGCUAUAGAUGGUAACCCUAUACAAAUUUUAAAACAAUUAGCAGGAAGUUUCGCGGGCAUGAUAUACUCUUUCUUUGUUACAUGGAUCAUUCUUUUUAUCAUAAAUAGAAUUCCAGGUCUCACUUUGCGGUUCGAUUCAGAGAAUGGUGCGGAUAUUGAUGAAAUGG